CGACAUAUGAUUGAUUUCCCACCGGCCAAAACCACUGCACGCGCCGAUGCAAUCAGAAUCAAUUUCUAUUAACAUUGACCUCUCGCAGCUCGCGCAUGCUCAUCUCGUCAACUAAUGAUGAAUGAAUCGUGAAUUCUCUCUCUCUAUAAAUGGCUACUAAUUCGAUCAUCCCAAGGCAAUAAUCCACAGACAGCAAAGGAUGAUGCAAGCCAAGAAGCCAAGAUCACCAUUGAUGAUGCUCAUCGCCAAGAAGCCGCUGCUGCUGCUUCUUCUUCUGCUCGUUCUCCUGGUGUUGGAGCCAAGAUCAUCAGCAGAAGCUAACCUCGUCGGCGUCAAUGGCGGAGAGACGGAUGAGAGGCGGCUUGAGAGCUUGGUUUACGACGAGCUGCCCUUCUCCCAGCUCGGCUUGGGAUUCCCUACCACCGUCGUCGCCGGUGGCUCCGAGAAUGAUGUGGAGGAAGUUGUGCAAGCAUGGUACAUGGACGACGACGACAACGCGGAGGAAGACCAGAGGCUUCCUCAUCGCCGCCAGCCUGAUGAUCUUCUUCCUCUCGCCAAAUUGCUUGACCUCGGACUCGUUGCAAUGCGAUUAGAUGCAGAUAACCAUGAGCACGAUGAGAACCUUAAGAUAAUGCGUGAACAGAGAGGCUACUUGCACAUGGACAUCGUUGAAUUGACCCCAGAGAAAAUGCCAAAUUAUGAGGUGAUGAUCAAGAGAUUCUUCGAAGAACAUCUCCACACAGAUGAAGAAGUUCGCUAUUGUCUUGAUGGUAGUGGUUACUUCGAUGUGAGAGAUGAGAAUGACAAGUGGGUCCGGGUUUCAGUGAGGAAAGGGGCACUCAUCGUUGUGCCAGCCGGCAUCUAUCACCGCUUCACACUUGAUACCAACAACUACAUAAAGACCAUGCGUUUAUUUUCAGGUGGGCCAGAUUGGACGGCUUACAAUCGUCCUCAUGAUCAUCUGCCUGAAAGGAAGAAGUAUCUAGAAGCGCUGCAUAACAGGACCCCGAGAUUUGGACAACUGCAUCGAAUUCGCUCAAAAAUGGAGUAAUUUUUAUUUUGAAAAUAGCAUUAAUAUAUACCCAUCUUUCCUCAUCAUUAAUAAAUUUUAGAUUUUCUGCAUCCGUCAACUGAUGUUGCGAAGUGAUUAAGAUGGUGGUGUUAGAUAGGGUGCAAUGGGCCAAUGUUUGAUCUCUUGAUCAAGCAACGACAAGAUAUAUAUGGAUCAUGUAUGUAUUUUUUUUUAAAAAAAAUGUAUCAUGUAUGUAGAACAAUUGCUCCAAUGCAAGUGUUUGCACUACUGUAGACCUCCUCAUGUAUAACAUUUCAAAACAAUCUAUCUAUAAUGGGUAUGUCAACUGAUACACAUUCCAUUGAUCAAAGGAA